ACACAUCCCUCCAUCUAAUUAUGAAGGCAGCAGCGAUGAUCGCGCUCGCCAUGUGCGGAGCUACGGGAACGGCCGCGUUCCAGAUCCCGGUUUUCACUCGUCCAGCAACGGGCGCAUCAAGCCGCAGCGCGCUCUCGAUGGCGCAGCCCACGGUCGGGACCGGGACGGGCAAGGGUCUCCAGUACAAUCCGGAGAAGUAUACCGACGAGAAGAACGCGAAAAACUACCGGAAACUGUCCGAAGCGCUAGAGGUGUGGAAAAAAAGAUGUGUGUACAUGCACGUGGUGGCUGCGGAUGUGGAGGCUCGCUUGGCCGAGGAGGCGGCAGACCAGAGGGCGAGGGCGGGCGAGAUCCGCCGAGAAGCGAGGAUGGCCAAAAUUAAGUUCAUGGAGGACAUGCCCGACAACACAGAGGCGAGGGCAUGGUUUUCACAGCAGUUGGGAGUUGAUGCACGAUUCGAGGAUGCAAAAGUGGGUACCGUGGAAGAGUUCAUGUUCAAGGAGGGCGUGCGGGACAUCCUCGAGAAGCUGGACUCGGACCUUGUGGGGCUGAUUCCCGUUAAGCUGAGAGUGCGCCAAAUCGCCGCCCUGCUGGUGCUUGACAAGAUGCGCGGCAAGCUGGGCUUCGACACGUCCGUGCCUUCCCUCCACAUGUGCUUCACGGGCGCCCCCGGCACGGGUAAGACCACCGUUGCCCUUCGCAUGGGGCAAAUCUUGCAGCGUAUGGGCUACUGCCGACAGGGGCACGUCGUGGUGGCAACGAGGGACGACCUGGUGGGCCAGUACGUUGGCCACACCGCCCCCAAGACCAAGGAAAUGAUCAAGAAGGCAUUCGGAGGUAUUCUGCUGGUCGACGAGGCGUACUACCUGUACAACGCGGCGAACGACAAAGACUACGGUCAGGAGUCGAUCGAGAUCCUCCUCAACGUCAUGGAGGAGCAGAAGGACGACCUCAUCGUCACUCUCGCCGGAUACAAGGACCGCAUGGACCGCUUCUUCUCCUACAUCCCGGGUAUGUCGAGCCGUAUCGGAAACCACAUCGACUUCCCCAACUAUUUGGUCGACGAGCUGGUAGAGAUCGCGAUGGUGAUGGCCAGGGACCUCCAGUACUUCAUGGACGACGCGGCCCUCGCGGUUUUCAAGGAAUACAUCGAGACCCGCAUGAAGUUCCCUUUCUUCUCCAACGCGCGAACUGUCCGUAACGCCAUGGACCGUGCUCGCAUGAACUCUGCAAUCCGCGUUUUCAACAACGCUGUAAUGUCUGAAGGCGACGGAGGCAUGGUUUCCGAGAAGGACUUGGCUGUGAUCUGCGACGCGGAUUUCCAAGUUCUACUUGACGAGCUCUUGGCGUACGAGGCCAUUGGCAAGCUCGACGCUAUCGUUGCCUAAGAUAAUUAAACGUACGAUGCUGCGAGCUUGUAGAAUGUGCCAGGAUCAGAGCAUAGCUACU